CCAGGAGCCACAGAUAUUUUGUCCACAGCUCUUCUUUUUGAGACCCGGACGCGUGGGGGCACACGGCCUGAAUGGCUUCAGACGCGCGCCGGACGCCGACGAGGACGCAGCGCGUUAAUUAAGAAAACCUGCUCCAGCAAUUAAAGAAGGCGCGCGCGCGCGCGGCACGAGACUCGAUUUAGCUCACCGCUCCUCUUGGCACCAUGAGUUGGAGCUUCCUGACCCGUUUGCUGGAUGAGAUCUCCAACCACUCCACCUUCGUGGGGAAGAUCUGGUUGACUGUGCUGAUCAUCUUCCGCAUCGUGCUGACGGCCGUCGGGGGCGAAACUAUCUACUACGAUGAACAGAGUAAAUUCGUCUGCAACACCCAACAGCCUGGAUGCGAGAAUGUGUGCUAUGACGCAUUUGCACCGCUAUCGCAUGUCCGAUUCUGGGUUUUCCAGGUGAUCACGAUCACCACGCCCACUAUUAUGUACCUUGGGUAUGCCAUACACAAGAUCGGCCGCAUGGUUGACAUGGAGUACCAGCCGCUUCAGAAGAAGCACAAGAGGAUGCCAAUAGUCAACCGGGGGGCAGCUCGAGACUAUGAGGAGGCGGAAGACAACGGCGAAGAAGACCCCAUGAUUGUUGAUGAGAUUGAGCCAGAGAAACCCGACAAAACUGUUAAAAGUACGGAGAAAAAGCAUGAUGGACGCCGUCGGAUCCUCCGUGAUGGCAUGAUGAAAAUGUACGUGUGCCAGCUGCUGUUCCGUACCGCCUUUGAGGUUGCCUUCCUCUUCGGUCAGUACAUCCUGUAUGGGUUUGAAGUGAUCCCUUUAUACAUCUGCACUCGCUCGCCGUGCCCGCACACGGUGGACUGUUUUGUGUCACGUCCCACGGAGAAGACGAUCUUCCUGCUGGUGAUGUACGUGGUGUCUUUCCUCUGCCUGCUGCUUACUGUUGGGGAAAUUUUCCACCUGGGAGUCGGAGGUGUCCGAGACAGCUUCCGCAGGCGAGCUGCGCAUGGUUCACAUUCCCGCCCAACCCCUUCUGUGUGCCAUCAGAGGACCUUGGCGACGGCCCCACCAGGAUACCAUGCCACCAUGAAAAAGGAGAAGCUGAAAGGAGACCUGAGGGACUCACCUUUGGGUGACUCUGGGAGGCAUAGCUUUAGGGAUGACGGACCCUCGUCCAAGGAGCUGGAGCGACUACGGAGGCAUCUGAAACUGGCACAGCAGCACCUGGACCUGGCAUACCAGGCAGACGAAGGGAGCCCUUCUCGCAGCAGUAGCCCCGACGUGAACACGGCAGCACAGACUGCUGCUGAGCAGAACCGCCUCAACUUCGCCCAUGAAAAACAUGGAGAGGACAGCGUGAAAGGGAUCCACGCCUGAGCGUCCAUCCUUCCUGUUCCUGCCGACCUUAAAUGCGAGGUGGGGGUGGGAGGGUUCAUGUGGGAAUGCAGUCAGACCACUGAGGGAGUGCAAACUGUAUGUGUGUGUGUGCAUCUUUAAACAAGUGCCUUUCAGUAUUAAGGGUUUGUCCAAAUUACAAAA